AUGCCUAGCCUCUUCUCUCGCUUGAAGAGCAAGGACGGGUCGCACAAAAAGUCCAAAAAGGGGUCCAACUUCGAUGCUGACCAGCUGCCUGCGAAGCCAAAAUGGGACGACGCUUACACAAGGAAGACGGUCGAACCUGAAGAGAUCCAGGACCUGAUCAGACGUUGCACCGAAGAGUUGAAGGCACGAGCUCUUGAUCACCCUUUCCUCCUGUUGCCAUUCCGGCCUACCUCGGACCCUAGUGCUGUCCGGACCUUCAUUCGACAUUUCUUCGAUGGCAGCCAACCGCCUCGUGGCGAGUUCUUAUCGCAAGAGCUGCGCAUGACUGAGCCAAUGGUUAUCGCUGGUGUGGUCAAAUGGUGUUGGAGUCGGCUCUCAGGCGGUGUCGUGGGCUGGGAUGCGUACGAGCUGUUCAAAGUAGGCGAGCAAGACUCGAACAUGGCGAGAGACUCUUUCAAGACUUUCAUCCCCCUUAGUGUCGAAAACGGCGCCCGGUCGUGUAUCAUCUUUGAUUUCUUCGAUCUGCUAUCUGCAAUCGCCGCCCACGGUAAGAUGAACGGCUUGGGCGGGCGCAAAGUUUCCCGGAUGGCUGCAUGGUGGGCGUUCGAGCAGAAGGACACUGGUAGUGGCUUCGAGGGUGGUUACAAAGCUUGGGCAACUGCUGCCGACGCUACCAGCCAUCUCUUCUUCGCUUACCUUCGGUCCUUGGCUCCCCAAAAGCAGACCCAAGGCGCAAUCUCCAUGCUGCCAAUGUCUCUACAGAAGUUGCUGCAGGAAACCGAAUAUCCCCCUGAGAGGCCGUCUUUGAUGCAAUCUUCUACGUACAGGGUAGUCAUGAUCGUCGACGCUGUCUCGCCAACCCCCUUCGCACUCCUACGCCGAGCAAAUCACUUCCAGUACCGCGAGGAAGACCGAGCCCUGCGCGAGUUUUCCGAGUACGAGGACCCUGUGAAGGCCCUGACUGAGGAAUGUCGCCGUGUGCUGAAAGCGAUUUCGUCCGCCAAUCAAUCCCAAGUUUCCAGCGCAAAGCACUCCACGAGCUUGCGGGAUGCAUCAUGGUCACGAUUUGAAGACAUCGGCUUCACCAGUGCCCUCGAAGAUGAGGACGAGGACGAUGAAGCAGCAGCCGCUGCGCGCAAGCCCCAAGGCCUCAGAACUACACCUGCAUCCGGAAAUGUUGGUCUUGGACGGCCGACUACACCGUCUUGGGCUGACUUCCUCUCGUCUGGUUUCGUGGACGAUAAUCCUAAUAGUCCCAACAUGCUGUUGCCUCCCGACAAGGUUCUUCCGCCCAUCGAGACCGCUGCACGCCAACGAAGCUCCCAGUCCCACAACCCGAGACUGGAAUCGGACCGUCUGGAGCCUGGAGAACUGGCGAGCAUUGCUCGGUUCGAUCUGGAUGAGAGCUUCUGGUGGGUUUGGAUGAGCAGUCUCGCCCCCGAAGAGACUCCGGAGAGAAAGUCGGCCUUUGGUCGUUGUGCCGUUAUCGAAACGGCUAUUAAGCGUGGUCGAUGGUUGGUCAUGGAGGAAAUGGUGGCUGGAGCAGCCCCAGAGCCCCAGGAAGGCGCCUACAUUGCUGAAAAGAAGGGAUUCUUUAGCUGGACCAAACGAAAUAAGGGUGUCAACCGUCGCAAGUCAACAGGCAAGCACGCCCUCGAGAAGGGUAGCAAGAACGCCGAUCCCAAUAUCAGCAAGUCGAGCAUCGGUCCCGAUCAGCAAGCUCGAAUUCAGGCUGCCGCCGCCCAACUACAGGCGCGCCAGCAGCAGGAACAGCAACAGCAGAUGCUCCAAGCACGCCGAGGAAGGAAGGAUGAGUCGGCAAGAGAGAAGACGACAAGUGUGUUGACUCUUCAACCCGAAAUCAUGCGCCAGGCAUCCCCGGCGAUGAAGUGGGCAAACAAGUACGAUAAGGAGGCGAUCCGGGAGGCUUACUUGGCAAACAACACUACUGGCCGUGGCCUCGGCGUCUCUACGAUGCAAAGGAAUGGAAGCAAUGGCCACAAUGAGUACACAAAUGGUCACGACAUCGAAGCCGAGUAUCGUCCCGAAGUCCCGGCGAAGUCUCCCUCUUUGCAACCACAACCGUCCCCGUUGACGUCCCCGUUGACGAUGAACUCUUCGUCGGGUUUCCGCUCGCCAUCCCCGCUGCCGCCUAGCCGACGGGAUGACGAGCCUCGGGUACCCUCCGAGAAGGAGAUGGAAGCUCCAAGUGGUCUUCAUCCUGCCGACCGGUUCGAGAAUGGUCGCAGUUCCCCACUGCCUCCGCCUAAGGACUCGUUCGACCAUGGAAGGGAGAACAUGCUCACGCCAGAACCGGAAACCAGUCCCAAGGACAAAAAGUCGAAGAAGCUCCACAAAGAGAAGGCUGGUGGAGGUGGUCUGCGCAAGCUCUUUGGCCGCAACAAGAACCGGAACUCGAAAUUGCCCGAGAACGCCGCCGCGGACGUGAACGGUAUGCUUCAGCGCGAGACAGCAACCCCUGAGCCGCCAAAACCUGCUCCUUCUCCCGCCCCCCAGCCCAUUGCUUCCGAGUCCAACCUUCCCACACCAACACCCACAGAGGCUUACACCACGCCAAUGGAGACCCCUCAGCCAGCCCCAGUUGAGACUCAAGCUCACGAGCCGCAGUACGAGCCGUCCGUUGAUGAAUCGAUAUCUCGCGUCGAUACCGAGGAUGCCAACGAGGCUCAGCACGAAUUCUCGCGUUUCGAUCAGGGCCCCUUGCAAGAGCAACCUGCCUUUGUCCCUGACGACGAUUCCGAGGAUGCCAUUCCACCCCCCAUUGCGCGACGUGCGAAGACCCCCGAACCGCUAGCGGAGGCCUCGCCUACCUCGCCAAAUGAUGGCCCUCGAUCCCCGCCCGCAAUAGAUCGAUGGGCGCAGAUUCGCAAGAAUGCUGCGGAGCGCGCGGCGCAACGCCAGAGCGAGGAGCAGAGCCGUGGCGGAUACAGUAAGACCACUGAUGGUGACGACGACACGAGUGGAGAGGAGACGAUUGAAUCUCGUGUCGCCCGCAUCAAGGCCCGUGUCGCCGAGUUGACGGGUAACAUGGAAAACUCCCAAGGACCUCCUUUGGGAGCUGCUGGAGCUCCUCCCAUCCGCCGCUAA